AUGUACAGCAGAAACGACGAGUUCCAGAGCCUGGUGGGUGCUCUUCUAUACAUCGCGGUCAACACGAGACCGGACAUCGCCAUAAGCGCCUCAAUUCUGGGCCGCAAGGUGAGUCGACCAACGGAAGCAGACUGGACCGAAGCAAAACGGACGCUCCGGUAUCUCCAGUCAACAGUGGAUCGGAGCCUACGUCUAGGUUCAUCCGGACCGCUGGAAGCAUACGUCGAUACAGACUGGGCUGGUGACAAGACAGACCGGAAAUCAAACACCGGUUUCGUCUUCUGUCUUGGAGGACCAAUCAGUUGGGCAGCCCGAAAACAACCAUGCGUAACUCUUUCGUCUACCGAAGCGAAGUACGUGGCGCUUUCCGAACCCAGCCGCGAGCUGUUGUGGCUGAUGAAGCUACUGAAGGACGUCGGAGAACCAAUUCUGGCUCCUGUAGUUGUACACGAAGACAACCAAAGCUGUAUUGCGAUGCUGAAAUCUGCCGACGGUAGCAACUGA